CAUGAUCAUUGCCGAACUCUGCAAAGAGGCCGGCUUCCCCGACGGUGUCAUCAACGUCGUCCACGGCGCCGCCAAGACGGUCGACUUCAUCAUCGACGAGCCCGCCAUCAAAGCCAUCUCCUUUGUUGGAUCCAACCGUGCCGGUGAAUACAUCUACACGCGGGGCUCCGCCCAGGGCAAGCGUGUCCAGGCCAACUUGGGCGCCAAGAACCACGCCGCCGUGCUGCCCGACUGCAACAAGAACCAUGCUCUCAACGCCAUUGCAGGUGCCGCCUUUGGUGCCGCCGGCCAGCGGUGCAUGGCUCUCAGCACUCUGGUCAUGAUCGGCGAGACCAAGGAGUGGCUGCCCGAGUUGGCAGAGCGCGCAAAGAACCUCCGCAUGGACGGCGGGUUCGAAGAAGGUGCCGACCUGGGUCCUUUGAUCAGCCCUCAGAGCAAGAAGCGUGUUGAAGACCUGAUCCAGAGCGCCGAGGACGAGGGUGCCACGAUUCUACUGGAUGGCAGAGGAAAGACUCCCCCGAAAUACCCGAAUGGCAACUUUAUUGCACCCACCAUCAUCACCAACGUCAAGCCUCACAUGAAAUGCUACACUGAAGAAAUCUUCGGCCCCGUCCUGGUCUGCUUGAACGUCGACACCACGGAGGAAGCCAUCGAUCUGAUCAACUCCAACCCGUACGGCAACGGCGCCGCCAUCUUCACCCGCUCCGGGCCCACGGCCUCCUUGUUCCAGAAGAACCUCGAGGCCGGCCAGAUUGGCAUCAACGUCCCCAUCCCCGUCCCCUUGCCCAUGUUCAGCUUCACCGGCAACAAAGCCUCGGUCGCCGGAACCGGCCUCGCCAACUUCUACGGCAAGGAUGGUCUUCGCUUCUACACCCAGUGGAAGACCGUCACUAGUCUCUGGCGUGCCGAGGAUGCUCUGGCUACCGAGAAACAAGUCGCCAUGCCUACUCACUCGUGA